AUGGCGAUGAUGCCGACGCUGCGGCGCCGUGCGGUGUGCGCCCUGGCGCUCCUCGCGCUGCUCUGCGGCUUAUGCUGCUGCGCCUCCGUCGGCGACACGGCGGCGACUGCGACUGCGACUGAGGUGACGGUGGAAGUGUCAUGUUCGAACACCGGCGAUAAGUUAAGUUGGCGCUUUCCCGGCGAGGCUGCCUGGACGCCGUGCAGGAGUUCUGAGAUGGGGGAACGAAACAUGGACUGUUUGCACUUGUGCGAGGACGCCGAAGAGCAGUUCGAGGAGUGGCGGUGUGCCACGGCGUGUGCUGGAGCCAACGAGAGCGCUGCUGCGUUCACGAUGAAAUAUGUUUUUUUAAAACCAGAGAGCGAGUAUUGCAGGGAAUUGCCGACACCAAUCGCUACUGAGACCGCCCUCUCCGAGACGCCAGAGAUUUGCCAGCCACCGUCCGCGGAGCCGGUGUUGCCUGAAGUCGCCGCCGACGGAAAAACUCUUCGUGGAGACGGAGCGCCGCCGCCGGCGGCACCUGCAGCGGGCACCCCGGCGGCCGAAGGUGCGGGCAGCGCUGAACACCGCGCUGACGCAGCCGCCAGAGUCGGGAGCCCGGACUCUUCCAGCCCCCCGCCCACGGACGCUGCGCCCGAGGGAGGGAGCGGUGGCCCGGCCGCCCCCCGGGACUGGACCACGUUUAUCACCGACGCCGAAAUGAUGUUGCGGAAGAGUGCAGAUGGUGGCGUCGUCGUGCGUGGGACUGCGGCUCCCUUGCUGCUGCUGCUGCUGCUGCUGGGGAUGUGGGGCGCCGGGGCGCUUGCCUGA